UCCCAUUUCAGCCCUCACCUGUGCCAGCGGAGCCGGGGGUGUGCCCAGUGCUUGGGCGCGCGUCGAGCCCAGUCUGCAGGGACAGCAGGGAGGACAGCCCCGCCAGAGCCCACCGCGAAAGGAGAAGCCAUGUACCGGAGAAAGAUGAGAGGCAUGUAUAUCUCUAAGAGGGCAUUAAGAAAACACUUUGAUCCCCGGGAGUUUCCAAUGGAGACAUACCUAAUGUGCGAGCUGUGGUGGCAUGGAGGUAUGAGGUCUUGGCGGCACUGGGUCAGAAAUGACGAUUACAACAAUUGCCAUGCAGAACAGUACUUCCUGGAGGAAAUCUUUGAGCCAAGAAGCUACAAUAUCUGUGACAUGUAUUGGUACCUGUCCUAUAGCCCCUGCUCGGAGUGCUGUGAUGUAAUUCGGGAUUUCCUGGAGGAGCAGCCCAAUGUGAACAUCUACAUACACGUGGCACGGCUCUACCGCAUAAACGAUCAAGAAAACUGCGAGGCCCUCAGGAAACUUAACAGCUUGCAGGAAGUGACCAUUAAAGCCAUGGAAGCUGAAGACUAUAAUUACUGUCGGAAGACCUUUAUACAGCGAGGUGUUGACUGUGAUUUCUCGCCCAAGAAGUUUCAAUCAGAGAUACAGAGGAAUCGUGUAAAGCUGGACGAUAUCCUUCAGGCAGGCAGACAAAACAAAUUCCAGAGCUCCAAGCCCCGGGGGUACAAGGUCUGUAUCCUAUCUUGCUUCUUCCUGGGAACCAAGGUUGAGAACAAAGUCUUUGAGACACAUUUUCAUAAACAAAUACAGCUAGUACCAGGGGAGGGCUCUAGAGAAGGAGCUUGA